CACUCUGUGACAACCUCUAGGAGCCAUUUAAUCACAUGCAACAAUGGCAGGCCGGGGUCUCAGGGACAGGAUGGCAAAAGGGCAAUAGCACAGUUGAAACACUUUAAAAAAACGGUCCCGUUUUAUUGGGUUAGGACUAUUUAUAAACGUAAUUUUCUCAGAGAACCAAAUAUAUGGCCUAAAUCAGAUGAAGGCUAGAUAAGGUGACCGUUGUGGAUACUACUCCCUUUAGGUGAAGGAGCAGGACACCUAUGUGCGCAGCUAACUUGAGAUGGAUGCAAUCGCCUUAGGGUUAAUUGUUUCAGGCAUUUCUAUAUUUAGACGUAUGAUUUACAGUGUUUCCACACAUGCAUGUAUCCUACAGUGCUAGACAGAUAGGAACAGCAAGGAACAACAGAAAGUUAAUAUCUUUCUCUGAGCCACGGCCUCUUCUCUCUCCCUCUCCCUUUCUCCUCACACAAAUGAGAGGCAAAUUAAUUUGGUAAUGAGAUUUGACAGAGACACUUUAGACAAAUAGAGAGAGAGAGAGAGAGAGAGAUUGCAGCAAAGGAACACGAUCAAAGCCAGGGAUAUAGGGUUUUCUUCUCCUGGUAGUUGUUGAGGAUUACAUCUGCUCACCUGAUUUCACUUCCUGUCUCCAUCGGUGACGACGUCUACCAACCGUUGCCAUGGGCGAAAUGGAGGAGCUGCGAAAGGAGGCGGACAACCUCAAAGAUCAGAUCACUGAGGCCCGAAAGGUAGUGCAGGACACCACCCUGCAGGAGGCGGUUGCCGGGACAACGCUUGUCGGACGUGUCCAGCUGAAGACCAGGAAGACGCUGAGGGGUCACCUGGCCAAGAUCUAUGCCAUGCACUGGGGCACUGACACCAAGUUGUGUGUCAGUGCCUCUCAAGAUGGAAAGCUGAUAGUAUGGGACACCUUGACCACCAACAAGGUGAGCGCCAUCCCUCUGAAGUCGUCGUGGGUGAUGACGUGUGCUUACGCGCCCUCAGGGAACAUGGUGGCGUGUGGCGGUCUCGACAACAUGUGCUCCAUCUACAACCUCAAGGGCAAGGACGGCAACGUCAAGGUCAUGCGGGAGCUGGCCGCACACACAGGUUACCUGUCCUGCUGUCGUUUCCUUAGCGACAGUGAGAUCAUCACCAGCUCUGGCGACUGCACCUGUGUUCUAUGGGACAUUGAGACAGGGACAGAGAAGACCAUCUUUGCGGGCCACUUGGGUGACUGCAUGUCCCUGGCCGUGUCCCCCGACUUCAAGAUGUUCAUCUCGGGGGCGUGUGACUUCACGGCCAAACUGUGGGACAUCAGGGAAGCCACCUGCAGACAGACAUUCAGCGGCCACGAGAGUGACAUCAACGCCAUCGGGUUCUUCCCCAAUGGUAAUGCGGUUAUAACGGGCUCAGACGAUGCCACCUGUAAGCUGUAUGACCUGAGAGCAGACCAGGAGCUCAUCACCUACCAGGACUCGGGCAUCAUGUGUGGGGUGACCUCCCUCGCCCCGUCCCUCUCCGGCCGCCUUUUACUGGCCGGAUAUGAUGACUUCAACGUCAACAUCUGGGACAUGCUUAAAGCCGAGAGAGUGGGAGUGCUGGCUGGUCAUGACAACAGGGUGAGCUGCAUCGGAGUAUCCUCGGACGGAAUGGCAUGCUGCACAGGAUCCUGGGACAGCUUCCUGAAGAUAUGGAACUGAGCCAGUCCUCUAGUCUAGAGGACAGACAGAACAGAACGAAAGACUAAGGGGAGGGGAAUAGAGGAAGAAUAUCAUGAAAACCUGGUAGAUUGACAAGAGGGAUGGGGGGGACUAGGAAGCCAUGGGUGAAAGGUUAUUUAUUUUUAUUGUGCCAAGUCUUAUUCAAUUUGAGAGAAGAAUUGUGACGAGAGAGUCUAUCGUCUCUUCCUACUUCCGACUCUAAACUUGAGUUAGGCAGGGGGGACUUUUGUAGAAAAACAUGAUCGUUGCAUCAAUGAAUGAUUGACUUUAUGUCAAGGUUCAAACUGAAUUCUAGCAUUAUAUGAAUAUAUGUCAAGGUUCAAACUGAAUUCUAGCGUUAUAUGAAUAUAUGUCAAGGUUCAAACUGAAUUCUAGCGUUAUAUGAAUAUAUGUCAAGGUUCAAACUGAAUUCUAGCAUUAUAUGAAUAUAUGUCAAGGUUCAAACUGAAUUCUAGCAUUAUAUGAAUAUAUGUCAAGGUUCAAACUGAAUUCUAGCGUUAUAUGAAUAUAUGUCAAGGUUCAAACUGAAUUCUAGCAUUAUAUGAAUAUAUGUCAAGGUUCAAACUGAAUUCUAGCAUUAUAUGAAUAUAUGUCAAGGUUCAAACUGAAUUCUAGCGUUAUAUGAAUAUAUUUCCUAUGUCAUAAGAGCAGUUGCCAAAUGGAAACGGUAGAGACUUGGAUGAAAUAACAGGAUACGACCACAAAAUAAUUGACCACCGAUAAGACUGUAGGUUUACAAUAACUAGGACGUGACAUGCUUUUAUAUUUGAGGCGAGUUAAACUGUUCGUCAGGGGAGGAAUAUGUAAGCAUCGAUUCGUUUGAAAGCGAUGUUCGUGUGUUGGUUAGAAUUCCCUUGUUGAGUUAAGUUUUUUCUAUUUUUAUGGUCACAGAAUAAAAUGGUUUAUUUAGCCUGCAGAUUUCUA